AUGCGGGACGAGCCCCCGACCCUCUGCGAACAAGCCUUCAUCAAGAAGAGCAUCGCCGAGAACCUGCGCAUCGAUGGACGUGGACUGGACGAGUUUCGAGCCGUGAAACUCGCCCUCGGCUCGACGUACGGGACGGCCAUCUGCUCGGUGGGCAACACGAAGGUGUGCUGCUCGGUGCGCGGCGAGAUCGCCGAACCAAGGCGGGCCCGACCAACGAACGGAUUGAUCUUCAUCGACGUGGACCUGAGCCCGGCCGCCAACCCGAUGUUCCAAAGCAACCGGCUCGGAAGUCGAGGAUUCGAGCUGCGCAAAAUGCUGGAAGUUGUGCUGCGCGAUUCGCGAUGUAUCGACGUCGAAUCGCUGUGCCUGCGUGCCGGGAAGGAAGUUUGGAAGUUGGUGGUCAGCGUCAAGGUGCUGGAUGACGAUGGAAAUCUGCUGGACUGUGCGUCGAUCGCUGCGGUGGCCGCCCUUCAGCACUAUCGUCGUCCAAUGAUCACCGUCGAGCCCGAGCAGACGAUCAUCCACCCCGAGCGAGAAUUCGCGCCGGUUCCGUUGAACAUUCACCACAUUCCCAUCUGCGUGAUGUACGGAUUUGUCGAUGGCAAGGCAAUCGUCGAUCCAAAUGCCCGAGAAGAGCUGUUUCUUGACGGAUGCCUGUGGAUGGCUAUCAACAAGCGCAAGGAGGUGUGUGCCAUGCACCAGACUGGUCGAUUGAUCCUGUCGACGGGCACUAUCACGGCGUGCGUCAAACGUUCCUUUCAACGAGCCUCUGAUUUGACUGAUCUCAUCGCCUCCACGUGCAGCAAAGACGCCAUUACUCGGGGGAAGAACCAAAAGACGGCUGGCUUUUCGAACUUGAUCGGUGGCGACUUCAUCAGUUUAUAUGAGAACCAGCCGAACGAGAUGAUCCAAAUCGAGGACCGAUGCGAUUCGCCAAGCACAUCUGACGGUCAAGGGAGGAUAACUGAGGCUUCCUUGGCUGAGGGCACAACGUUGGUCGAAGAUGAGGAGGACGGUGAUGCGUUGAUCCAGGCUCAGGUCGACAAUAUUGCUGCCUCGGUGGAAGGAUGUCGCAUGGAGGUCACGAAAAGCACUAAAGCCGGUCGCACCAAGGCUGCCCGACGUAACAAAGAUCAAGCGGGGCUCGGUGAUUUGCUGGAUGGGAUCGUGGAUCCGCCAAUGGAUGUCGAUGUCAAGCCGGAGCCGCUGGCAGCUGUCGCGCAGGCCUCUACAGAACAGCCACCACAAGAGGCGGCCACUUCGGGCUGGUCGGGCAUGUCCGCCAUUCGACGAAAGAAGCUU